AUGCCUUUCAUCUUACACUCCGUCCUUCUAGCUGCCGUCGCUUCGGCGUCGGUAGCCGUAGCCGAGGUCUUCAAGGUCACUCCCCACGAGCAAUACUCGUCUUCGAUCGGCGUGCUGGGGUGCAAGAUCGACACGAACCGCGUGGCGUACUUCCCCACCGCUGUUGGCUGCAAUAACAUAUGCAUCAAGGUGUCGAGGGAGGGCCGCUCCCUGAACCUCCUGCGCAUCGACCAGUCCCAGGGCGCGCACGACAUCUCGUACGACGCCUGGAACUUCCUGAUGACGGGGUCCAGCGCCAAGGACAAGCCAACCACGGGCGGCGGCGAGGACAUGACAGUCGAUGAGGUGGCGCCCGAGCAGUGCGCAAGCCUGAUCAAGACGCCCGGCAACAAGCUGCCGCUGUCGGCGUCCAACAGCAUGAACUACCUCACCAGCUGCCUCGCCCAGGCCUCCAGCUUCGUCGCCAAGAACCACGUGCUCAUCAACAUCCAGGAUCCCCAAUGCCACUUCGGCCAUGACGAGGUGUGCGAACUCCCGCCCCCAGAAGUCAGCAACCAGGCCAAGUGCCCCAGCGUGCUAGGCACAGCAAACGGGAGGCUCCCGGACACUGUCUUCAAUAUCCAGGUCGGAACCGGCAAAUCGGUUGCCGCCGCUUGA